AUGAAAUCUCUGAGAAUAAAUAAUCAAUAUAUAUUAUCAAGAAAAAUUGCAUCAGGGGCAUUUGGAUUUGUGAUGCUUGGUUUUGAUCAAAAAACAGGAUAAUAAGUGGCAAUCAAAAUUGAAAAACCAGAAAAUUAACAUAUCAGAUCUAUUGAAAAAGAAGUAGACAUAAUUCAGAAAUUAGAAGGGGUUUCGGGAGUGCCGAAAUUGCUUUACUCUGGCAAAGAGGAUGACUUUAAUGUUUUGGUUUUGCAACUACUUUCUAAAGAUCUAUCCACUUUGAUAAAACAAUAAAAGAAAUUUAGCCUCAAAACUAUUUUAUAGAUUGGGAUUAAAUUAGUUGAGAUUUUGGAGGAUAUUCAUUAAAAAGGGGUACUACAUAGAGAUUUGAAACCAGAAAAUAUUAUGAUUGAUGAAAAAAACAAGUUUUACAUUAUAGACUAUGGUAUAAGUAAGACCUUUCUACGUAAAAAUGGAGCUCAUUUGUAAAAUGAUAAUAUAAUUAGACCUUUCAAAGACAGAUAACCCUUUAUUGGAACCUCUCGAUAUGCUUCGAUAGCAGCUCAUAAAGGGAACGAGUUGGGAAGAAAGGACGAUUUAGAAUCUCUAAUUUACAUCUUGUUGUACUUUUAUUUAGGUAAAUUGCCAUGGCAAAACAUCAAGCAUGUUCCAAGCGACUAAAAGAUACAAAAAGUUGGUGAUAUUAAAUAAAAACAGACUACUGAUUUAUUUAGGAAUUUACCUGAAGAACUAAGAAAAACAUACGAAUAUUUACGUAAGCUUACAUAUGUCACAUAGCCAGAUUAUAAAUCAAUAAUUAUAUUAUUUUAGUAAGCUGCUAAAAAUGCGAAGAUUACAAUUGAUUCAAUAUAUGAUUGGGAUAUCCAAAACACUGCUUAGACAGAAAUCUAUUCUCAUUAUGGAACAAUAUAAUUUGAUGAUAGUGUCUAAAUAGAUAAAUAUCAAUCUAAUUAAUUAAUCAACAUUAAAUAAUAAAAUAAUAAUUAAAACAAAAGAAAAACUGUUUGUCCAUCCCUAAUUAAAGAGACUAAUAAUUAAAAUCUCUAUUAAUUUGGAAGAGAUUAAAGUGGGCAAAGUAGUCCGAUGGUUAAUUUACAUGGUAUCAAUCAAUUAUCAAGAGACGAGAUAAGUGAAGAUACUGAAUACAUAAUUCCAGAAGAAUUGUAGUAAAAUCAAAAUUUAAGGGUCAGAACAUUACCAGAUUAUUUGAAGAAGCCAAAAAUGAAAUAAAACCCUAUUCAAACCUUAAUUUUUGAUGAAGAUUGGCUAAUGGACUCAGACAACCAUUUGAUGGAUAAUUAUAAGAAAUUAUAAUCUUUGAGCAAUCAAAUUACUACUAUUUUUCAUAAUAAAUAAAAGUGAUCAAUCAUUAAUUUUAUUUUAGGGAUAUUUAUAUAAAUUUAGCUAUUUAAA